AUGAACUAGAGAAUUUUUCUUCAAAAAUUUAUCAAUAUGAAAGUGAAAAUUGCUGUUUUAGGAGCUGGAGCAAAUGGACUAGCUUCUGCGGUCAAAAUUCAGGAGGCUUACAAACAUGCAGAGGUGGUGAUAGUUUCUAAUGAGUUCUCCCCAGACACGACGGCUGAUGGGUCUGGAGGAUUAUGGUACCCGUAUCUUUGCGGAUCUACUUCAGAAAACUUAUUAGCAAAAUGGGGAGCUGAAACUUAUAACUUUCUGCAUGAAAUCUGGUUUGAAGGAGGAAAUAACGUUUGCUUGAUACCAUUCUAUGAAUUCUAUCGGGACAUCCAAUAUCAACAACCUCCAAAAUGGCUUAAUUCGGUGUUUGGUUACCACCAACUUAAUGAAACUCAGUUAAAUUACUAUAGCAAAUUGUACAAUGUAGAGUUCAGAUCAGGGAUGACAUUUCUUACCUUCGUGCUCCAUCCUUCUUCACUCCUAAAGUAUUUUACUGAAAGAUUCAAAUGCGCGAAUGGGAAAAUCUUACGGGCCGAAAUUACCUCCUUGGAUGAUCCCUUACUUACCGAUUUCGACGUGGUAGUGAACUGCACUGGCCUAGGGGCUAGGAAUUUGGUACCAGAUAGUUCAGUAUUCCCUAUAAGGGGACAGAUUUCAAAGGUGAUAGCACCAUGGGUCAACGCGGUCAUUGUUGAAGAUGGCGGAAACUACAUCAUUCCAAAUACGGAAACCUGUGUGCUGGGCGGGACGCACCAGGAGCAUGACUACAACACUAAAAUAAAUGAUACGGACACCGACUUCAUUCAUAACGGUUGCAGGACGAUCAUCCCUGGACUAGAGCACGCAAAACUGGUCCGGCAAUGGGUAGGUCUCAGGCCCGGGAGGCAUGAAAUCAGACUGGACCACGAAGUAAGAAAUGGAAAGCUCGUCAUACAUAACUACGGCCACGGUGGAAGCGGCUUGACCUUGUUCUGGGGGUGUGCUCAGGAGGUGGUGGAUAUAUUGAAGAAUAAAACGCCGAUUGAGAUUAAACAUUCAAAACUUUAAUGAGUACUUAUCAAUGUGUUAAUAUAAAGAUGUUAAUAAUAAACGUCAUUUAAUUUAGC